AUGGCGAGGAGUAGUAGGUCGUCGUCGAACAGGUGGAGAUAUUUAAAUCCGGCGUAUUAUUUGAAGAGACCGAAGCGAUUAGCGUUGCUAUUUAUUGUUUUCGUCUUCGGCACCUUAGUUGUUUGGGAUCGCCAGACUCUAGUACGCGAGCACGAGGAAGAAAUAUCCAAGUUGAACGAAGAAGUUACUCGAUUGCAAAAUAUGCUUGGAGAGUUUAAGGAUGAUAAAAGUGUUAUAGGGCAGGCCGGCACUAGUGGGAAAAGCAACAGUGCAAAUAGAAAAUCAAAUGUUUCUGAUGACCCUAUUGACACUCAGCGAAGAGAGAAAGUUAGAGAUGCUAUGAUUCAUGCAUGGAGUUCAUAUGAGAAAUAUGCUUGGGGUCAAGACGAACUACAGCCACAAACAAAGAAUGGUGUUGACAGCUUUGGUGGUCUUGGAGCAACUUUAAUUGAUUCUCUCGACACGCUGUAUAUAAUGGGACUGGAUGAGCAGUUCCAAAGGGCCCGAGAGUGGGUUGCAAACUCAUUGGAUUUCAACAAGAACUAUGACGCCAGUGUUUUCGAGACAACCAUAAGAGUUGUAGGUGGACUUAUCAGUUCAUAUGAUCUCUCUGGAGAUAAAAUAUUCCUUGAAAAGGCUAAAGACAUUGCCGAUAGACUACUGCCUGCAUGGAAUACUCCUUCAGGCAUCCCAUAUAAUAUUAUUAACUUGGCUCAUGGAAAUCCUCAUAAUCCGGGGUGGACUAGGGGUGAUAGUAUCUUGGCAGAUUCUGGUACAGAGCAGCUAGAAUUUAUUGCUCUUUCCCAGAGGACAGGCGACCCAAAAUAUCAGCAGAAGGUGGAAGAUGUCAUUCUAGAGCUUAAUAAAACUUUUCCUCCUGAUGGUUUACUUCCUAUCUAUAUUAAUCCACACAGCGGGACCAGUUCAUACUCAACCAUAACUUUUGGAGCUAUGGGAGACAGCUUUUAUGAAUAUUUACUCAAGGUCUGGAUACAAGGAAACAAAACAGACAUGGUGAAGCAUUAUAGAGAAAUGUGGGAGACUUCAAUGAAAGGUCUUCUAAGCUUGGUUCGGAAAACAAACCCUUCUAAUUUCUCAUAUCUUUGUGAGAAGAUUGGAAAUUCUUUGACAGACAAGAUGGAUGAACUUGCAUGUUUUGCUCCAGGGAUGUUAGCAUUAGGGUCUACUGGCUAUGGUCCUGAUGAGGCUAGGAAGUUCUUAUCAUUGGCGGAAGAGCUUGCUUGGACAUGUUAUAAUUUUUACCAAUCAACACCAACAAAAUUGGCUGGAGAGAACUACUUCUUCAAUUCGGGACAGGAUAUAAGUGUGGGAACAUCAUGGAACAUAUUGAGGCCUGAGACAGUUGAAUCACUCUUUUACCUCUGGCGUUUGACUGGUAAUAAAACAUAUCAGGAGUGGGGAUGGAACAUCUUUCAAGCAUUUGAAAAGAACUCCCGCAUAGAGACGGGAUAUGUUGGAUUAAAGGAUGUUAAUACUGGUGUAAAAGACAACAUGAUGCAAAGUUUUUUCCUUGCGGAGACACUUAAAUAUCUCUAUCUUCUUUUCUCACCUCCUUCAGCCAUUUCAUUGGACGAGUGGGUUUUUAACACGGAAGCACACCCUAUAAAAAUAGUCACCCGGCAUGACCAGUUAGAGAAGUUGGGAGUCUCAGGAGGACAACAUAAUUCAGAGACCCUAUCACGAGCUAGGAAAGAAGGCCGCUUUAGAGGCAAUUAG